AUGGAGAGUGUGGCACAGUCCAUCGUGAGCAAGUUCGGGCAGGUGAUAGUUGAAGAGCUCAAGGAGAUCCGCGGCCUGGGCGACAAGGUCGUCCACCUACGGGACGAGCUGGCGACCAUGAACGCCGUCCUCCGCGUCAUCUCGGAGGCAGACCAGGACUAUGUCGACCACAUAGUCCGGGAGUGGGAGAAUCAAGUGCUCGACCUCGUCUACGAUGCCGAGGACUGCACUGACACCUACUCGCUCCGCAUCGUCCGCCCCAUCCCGCCCCUCACACGGGAUGACGUCGGCGGCACACCGCUCACCUUCUGGGCCAGAUACUUGUUUGCCCGCGCCAAGCAUUUUGCCAAAUAUCACUAUGAGAAGCUUGUGCUGCAGCGCACUCUCGCUGCUGAUAUCAACACCCUCCUGGCCCGUACCACCAUCGUCAGCGAACGCCGCGCUCGCUACGACAUCAACAGUGUGGCGCUACCAAGAUCUACCCACCGCAACCAUUUCUUGGAGGCGUCUACCUAUGCCUCCGCGAAUGGCCUCCACCAUGACGACGACCCAGAUAAAUUUGUCGGCAUCACGGAACUGGCCAACACCCUGGCCUGGAAGAUCAAGGCACCGGUACUUGACAGGGAUGACCAUAUUAAGGCGUUGGUCCAUGAUGAGAAUGACAAGAGUCUCAAGGUGUUCUCCAUUGUGGGGUUCGGAGGGCUGGGGAAGACAACCCUGGCCAUGGAGUUGUGUCAGCAAUUGGACGUGGACUUCCCCUACCAGGCGCAGGUGUCCGUGUCACAAGGGUUCAAUGUGGAGAAGGACAUGAAGGGGCUGCUGGUACGAGUGCUCCAGCAGAUCCUCAAGGCUAACCAAACCUACCAGGAAGAGGAGGCCCAAAUCGACAAGAUGAAUGUGAAAGAGCUAGCUAGCAAGAUCAAGGAGCUCCUCGAUCACAAGAGGUGUCUCAUUGUGGUCGAUGAUGUAUGGAGCCUACCAGCCUGGGAAGCUAUCAGCAGCAAAUUGCCAGAAAAAAAUUGCGGUAGCAGAAUCAUUGUGACGACCAGGAUAGAGGCGGUGGCCAAGGCGGCUAGUGGCUACUUUGUCCAUCAUAUGAAGCCCCUGAAACCAAAGGCUAGUAAGGAAUUGUUCAUGAAAAGAGUAUUUGGCUCCACAGAGAAGGGUACUUGCCCCAUGGAACUUAAAGUUUUCAUGGACAUGAUUUUGGAUAAAUGUGGUGGAUAUCCGUCCACCAUCAUUGGAAUCGCCAGCCUUCUAGCAAGCUAUUGCUCGGCGAAGAACAUAUAUAUGUGGGAAAGAAUUUCUAUAUCAUUUCUUUCUCAUACGGGGAUUACCUUCGAGGGGAUGAGGCAGCUGACUGAAUUCAGCUAUGACAACCUGCCUCGUCAUCUCAAGGCUUGCAUGAUGUAUCUAUGCAUUUUCCCGGAGGAUUAUGUGGUUGCCAAGGAUAGGCUGCUAUACAAAUGGAUUGCUGAAGGAUUGGUCACUGAGAGGAGGGGGCUGACAUUAUGGGAGGUCGCAGAAGAAUACUUCAACGACCUGAUAGGUAGGGACAUGAUUCAGCUAGAAAAGAUUGUGUCCAGGGUAGGGCCUUAUGGUGAAAGAGUGGAGAUAGAGGGGUGUAGGGCGCAUGGCAUUGUCCUUGAGGUCAUGGUGUCAAAAUCCAAGCAGUCUAACUUUGUUACCUUGGUAGGGCAGCAAUACAGAGGAACGCCACAUGGACAUGACAAGGUUCGUCGCCUCUCCAUCCAUGAUAAUGACCAGGGCCUCCAGAAAGUUGAGGCGAUGAAACUACAACAUACCCGGUCAUUGACCACAUUUCAGCAUGCUGAUGGCCUUGGCAAGCUGCUCGAUCGUCUAGGAGAGUUCAAGUUGCUAAGGGUACUUGAUCUGGAAGAUUGCAAAUCCCUGCAAAACAAGCACAUGAGAGAUGUAUGCAGUCUGUAUCUUCUCAGGUUCUUGAGCUUGAGGGGUACAAAUGUCUCAGAGAUGCCUCGCAAAGUUUGCAAUCUAGAGCACUUGGAGACUCUUGACAUAAAGAACACGCACAUCGGGGGGACGCUGCCACAAACUGUGACAAAGCUGAGCAAACUAGAGCGCCUAUGGUCCAACUGCUGGCUUCUGCCACGGGGGAUAGGGAACAUGAAGGCACUGCGCGAGGUGGACACUGGAGGUCUCACAGGCAACGACAUUAUGGUUGCCCAAGAGAUUGGUAAGCUGACACAGUUGCAGGUGCUAAGUAUCCGAAUCGAUGACCAUGUCGAUAAGGAUUUUUUGUGUGCACUUGCCUCCUCCCUCAGCAAUACAUGGAGUCUCCAAUCGCUCAAUCUGGAAAACCGGGGGGGCAGUUGGGAGUUUCUCCUUGGCGUCUCCAUGGUGCUGCCACUCCUCCGGUGCCUUAGUUUGUAUGGAAACAUUAGCCAACUGCCCGACUGGAUCUCAUCACUCACACUCCUCAGGAAAAUUGAAGUGGGACGGACAGAACUUGCUGGUGACCAGUUAUUUGGUGUCUUGUGUAAGCUGCCCAACCUGCAGAGCAUCCAACUGGUGUAUAUUAAGUGGGAACAUGGAGAACUGGUCGCACGCCCUGAACACAGCUUCCCGGUGCUGAGGAUCUUGGAGGUGCUUGGAUGUCCCACCGUGCUCACAUUCGAGAAAGGAUCAAUGACAAAGCUCGAGACGCUUGUAUUGCGGUUUGUUGCCACGGAGACGAGGAUUGUUGGGCUCGAGAACUUGGAGAAACUUAAAGAGGUCAAGCUUAGUGGUUGGAAAGGCAACCCGGCAAUGAAACGUGCAGUGGAGCAGCUCAAGGCUCUCUCCACUGAGUCCAAUCCGAUCAAAGUUGUAGUGGACUGGAGCUGA